AUGCAAACUCAAUCAGAUGUAACGGUGCUUGGAGCUCUUCUUGGAAGACAGUCAGGGCGUGAUGUCGAGAUUACUAAUUCGUAUGAAUUAGCUUAUGAUUUAAUUGAUGGAAGGAUUCAUAUAAAUAAUGAAUAUUUUGUGACAAAACAAGAGCAAUUUCGACAAGUUUUUCCUCAAUUUGAUUUCUUGGGGUGGUAUACUUUGGGAAUACAACCUACCGAAGAAGACAUAGAAAUUCACAAGCAGAUGGUCACAUCUAAAAAUCUUCCAAUCACUGUCUACGAAUCAAUCAUUGAUAUAAUUAAUGGACAAGCACAAACAUUAUUUAUAAAAUCUCAAUACAAAAUUGAAACCGGUGAAGCUGAGCGUAUUGCUGUUGAUCAUGUUGCUCAUAUAACUAUUGGUGACGGAAGUGAAGGAUCUUCACUGAUUGCGCAUUUAACCACUCAAAGAAAUGCAAUUAAGAUGCUACAUACCAGAAUAAAACUUCUACAUAAAUAUCUUGUUAAUUCCAAGAAUGAUCCAUCAACAGUAGAUCAUGAUAUUCUUCGUCAAAUCGCUGGACUUUGUAAUCGUUUACCAACAAUAGAUGGAUCAGAUUUCAAUCAAGAGUUUUUAACAGAAUAUAAUGAUGUAUUGUUGACUUCAUACUUGGCUACCAUAACAAAAGGAACAAAUUGUGUCAAUGAGCUGGUUGAUAAAUUUAAUAUCGCAACUAGUUCAAACAGAUCAGGAGGACGCAAUCGUCACCAACAAAAUUUUCCAAAUUUUUAG